GCAGACCAUUGUCAGGAAGAGACUUCAGUAACCAGGACGCCCAGAGGUAGUGGCUACAGGGCUGGGAUCCGCUGUUGGGGCCCAAAGGAGUAUAAAUAUACCGACUAUUCUGACCACGUAGAUGGAAGAUCUUCUCCUGCGUCAUCUCUCUCAUCAUCGAGUCUGAAGAAACAAAUACAAUCACAAGGAAAAUCCUGAAACGAUCCGUAACGAGGAGUUUGGGGAUAAAAGUGCCGCCACUCGCAGCCGAGGAACCCCAAUCUCUGGGGGAUAAAGUGUUUAGUGAGCAAAAUAGAAACAUUCAUAGAAAUUUGAGGUUCUGGAUACUUUGGAUCCAAUCUCGGCCGUACAGAAAUGGAUCAAACAGAGAAAACCUUUCCGUGUUCCGAGUGCGGGAAACAAUUCACACAAAAAAGAUAUCUGAAAAUACACGAGAGAAUUCACACUGGGGACAAACCGUAUGCGUGUUCCGUGUGCGGGAAACGUUUCACCACACUGGGACAUCGUAGCAGACACGAGAAAAUCCACGCAGGGGAGAAACAAACUGCGUGUUCGGAAUGUGGGAAAUAUUUCGCUACAAAGCGGAACCUUAAUAUAAAUGAAAGUUUCCGUGAUGAGGGAAACCCUUUCACAUGUCCUGAAUGUUUUGCCACGUUACACGAGCAACAUCACACAGGAGGGAAGCCGUUCGCGUGUUCAGAAUGCGGAAAAUGUUUUAACGCGAAAUUAAAGCUCAAUCGACAUGUGAGAACUCACAAAGGAACAAAGCCGUUUACGUGUUCUGAAUGCGGGAAAUGUUUUACCAGAAAGUCAGAGCUCACCGUACACGAGAGAUAUCACGUAGGCGAGAAACCGUUCGCAUGUUCGGAAUGUGGAAAGUGUUUCUAUACAAAGCAGCAUCUGAAGGAGCACGAACAAUGUCACGCGGGAGGGAAGCCGUUCGCGUGUUCAGAAUGCGAGAAAUGUUUCAGCACAAAGUCCCACCUGAGCACGCACGAGCGAACUCACACGGGAGAGAAGCCGUUCGGGUGCCCCGAGUGCGGAAAAUGUUUCACCACAAAGUCAAAGCUUCAAAUACACGAGCGCUGUCACACGGGAGAGAAACCUUUUGCGUGUUCAGAAUGCGGGAAAUGUUUUUAUAGAAAGUCGCAUCUCAGGCAGCACGAGCGAUAUCACACGGGAGAGAAGCCGUUCGCGUGUUCCGAAUGCGGAAGAUGUUUCAGCACAAGGUCAGGGUUCAACGAACAUCUGAGAACUCACACGGGAGAGAAGCCGUUUGGGUGUUCGGAAUGUGGAAAAAACUUUGCCGUGAAGUCAGAGCUUACUGUUCAUGAGCAACAUCACACGGGAGAGAAGCCGUUCGCGUGUUCGGAAUGCGGAAAAUGUUUCACCACAAAGUCAGGGCUCAAUAAGCAUGUGAGAAUUCACACGGGGGAGAAACCGUUUACGUGUUCUGAAUGCGGGAAAUGCUUUCCCAAAAAGUCAGACCUCACCGUGCAUGAGAGAUAUCACGUAGGCGAGAAACCGUUCGCGUGUCUGGAAUGCGGAAAAUGCUUUUAUACAAAGCAGCAUCUCAAGGAGCACGAGCGAUGUCACACGGGAGAGAAGCCCUUUGCGUGUUUAGAAUGCGGGAAAUGUUUCAGCACAAAGUCACGCCUGAGUACACACGUGCGAAUUCACACGGGAGAGAAGCCAUUUGGGUGCCCGGAAUGUGAAAAGUCUUUUUAUAAAAAGCAGCAUCUGAAGGAGCACGAGCGAUGUCACACGGGAGAGAAGCCGUUCGCGUGUUCCGAAUGCGAAAAAAGCUUUAGCACCAAGUCCCACCUGAGUAGACAUCUGAGAAUCCACACAGGAGAGAAGCCAUUCGGGUGCCCCGAGUGCGGAAAAUGUUUCACCACGAAGUCAAAGCUUCAGAUACACCAGCGCUGUCACACGGGAGAGAAACCCUUUACGUGUUCGAAGUGCGGGAAAUGUUUUUGCAGAAGAUCACAUCUCAGGCGGCACGAGCGAUGUCACACGGGAGAGAAGCCGUUCGCGUGUUCAGAAUGCGGAAGAUGUUUCAGCACGAAGUCGGGGGUCAACGAACAUCUGAGAACUCACACGGGAGAGAAGCCGUUUGGGUGUUCGGAAUGCGCAAAAUGUUUCACCACAAAGUCACAGCUUAACAGGCAUGUAGAAAGUCACGCGGGAGGGAUGUUCUUUGCGUGUUCUGAAUGCGGAAAAUGUUUUAACACGAUCACGUACCUGAAUAGACACGAGAAAACGCACCUUGGAAUGGGACAAUUUCCAUAGAGAAAUGUAACGGAGAUGAGCAAAUUCCCACAUAAAGGAAAGAAAACCCGUCCGUGGUACAAAUAAU